UUCACUUCAGCCGUCAAAUCAAGUCAAGUCAAGCGAAAUCGCGACGAAUCGUCAAAAAAUUUCAAUAGUGCUUGUAAAUUUGCUUUUCCGCCAAAGUACAGAGUCAUCUAGAUUUGCCAAAAUGGCAGAAGGACAAGAAGACCCCAAAAAGAUCACCAUUACAGUUAAAACACCCAAAGAAAAACAACAAAUUGAAAUAGAGGAAGAUGCAGAUAUCAAAAAAUUGAAACAAACUCUGGGCCCUAAAUUCAAUUCGGAGCCGGAACAACUAUGUCUAAUCUUCGCCGGAAAGAUCAUGAACGAUGGCGACACUUUGAAGCAGCACAACAUCAAGGAUGGGCUGACGGUGCACCUCGUGAUCAAGACGCCGCCGCGGCCGGAGCCGGAGGGCGGCCCGCGGCGCCCGCCCGCUGACAUAGGUGCCACACCUUUUGGUCUGAACUCCCUGGGCGGUCUGGCUGGGUUGGAAAGCCUUGGACUAGGACAAAGCACUUUUAUGGAUCUUCAGGCCCGCAUGCAACAAGAGCUGCUGUCGAACCCGGACAUGUUGCGACAGGUGUUGGACAACCCGCUGGUGCAGCAGAUGAUGAACGACCCGGAGAACAUGCGCUCGCUCAUCACCUCCAACCCGCAGAUGCAGGAUCUUAUGGCUCGCAACCCGGAGAUCAGCCACAUGCUCAACAACCCGGAGCUGCUGCGGCAGACCAUGGAGCUGGCGCGCAACCCCGCCAUGCUGCAGGAGCUCAUGCGCUCGCACGACCGCGCGCUCUCCAACCUCGAGAGCAUCCCGGGUGGUUACAACGCGCUGCAGCGCAUGUACCGCGACAUCCAGGAGCCGAUGCUGAACGCGGCCAGCAGCAUGGCCGGCAACCCCUUCUCCGGACUCGUCGACAACUCCGACGGCACCAACCCGCAAAUCGGGGCCGAGAAUCGCCAGCCGCUCCCCAACCCGUGGAGCCGUGGGGGGCCCAACCCGCCGGCCUCGGGGCCCGGCCUCAUCAACACGCCCGGCAUGCAGUCGCUCCUGCAGCAGAUGUCUGAGAACCCGCGUCUGAUACAGUCGAUGCUGUCGGCCCCGUACACGAGUAAUAUGCUGCAGGCUCUCGAGGCCGACCCGGAGAUGGCCAGCCAGCUUAUUAAUCAGAACCCGAUGUUCGCGAACAACCCUCAGCUGCAGGAGCAGAUCCGCACCAUGAUGCCGCAGAUGUUGGCGCAGCUGCAGAACCCCGACAUGCAGCAGAUGAUGACCAACCCGCAGGCCUUGAACGCGCUCCUGCAAAUUCAGCAAGGCAUGGAGCAACUCCGCUCUGCCGCGCCAUCUCUCGUCACAAACCUGGGACUAGGCGCCGCGGCCGCCGGGGCCACGCCCCCCGCCGCGCCCGCACCUGCCCCAGCCAAUCCCAGCGCGGCGCGGCAACAGAACAACACUGAGCUCUUCACGCAGUUCAUGCAACGGAUGGUGGCGGCGAUGGGCUCGAGCGCGGCGGGCCCCAUGCAGCCGCCCGAGCAGCGCUACUCGCAGCAGCUCGACCAGCUCACCGCCAUGGGCUUCCUCAACCGGGAGGCCAAUCUGCAAGCUCUGAUCGCGACAUUCGGCGACGUGAACGCAGCAGUGGAGAGGCUACUCGCCCUCGGGCAGCUGUCCAUGAGCUAACACUGAGGCCCCCGCCCCCCGCGCCCCGACCUCCCCUCCCUCCGCUUACUUACCUCCUGUAGGGGCAACCACAGGCGUGAAGUUUGGGUAAUGUGCACGUGAGUUGGUGUGAAAGACGGUCCUUAGGUAAGCUGAAGCUUUAGGACUUUUUUUGGUCGCAUAAAUAUUACUGUUGGGGCAGUAUAGAAUACAACUGCCGUGAAUGAAGAAACAAUAUUAAAUUGACAUGAGUACUGACAGACCUAAGGUUAGAGCGAGAUAGCAUGAGUCCGUCCGCCAUAUUUAUAUUGUUUCUUUAUUUCUCGGCGUUAUACUUCUGUACCUUUAACAUACGUAGCUAAUUGUUUCGCCCACUCACAUCACGAGCGCGAGAUAAACUUAUUACAGGUUCUCGUGAGACCCAUGCUACAGCCCCAGAUGACAAAACUCCAGUCUCAGUUGAUGCUGUACAGUAUACAGAAUAUUUACUAUUGCUUCAGUUUACGGGAGGCCGCCCUUUACGCCUAAUAUACGGGAUAUUUUGACAUCAAAUAUUGCACAAACGCCUACGCCUGUGGUUGGUCUUUGGCAAGAUUUUGUAACCCCAGCCGGUUUCUAGAAUGACAAUCAAUGCGACGCGGUGUAAGAUAUGUUGAAGAACAAAGUUCUCCCUUAGCGAAUGGUUUAAUUGCAGAUUUUAUUUGAUGGACUUUACCAAAACCAGAAGGAAGUUAAGUAUUUCUUGUUCAUAUUGAUUAUAUACACUUCUAGAAACCGGCCCCCUGAACUAACUCACUGUGUGCCAAUCGGAUAUAAUUAGUAGUUUUAGUUUGAUGUUGGAUUUAGAUGAUUGGUUCGUUCAAAUUGAUUUUAAAUCUGUUUUAACGCUAAAUAUCUACUAACUUACUACAUACAUACCUACCUAGAUAGUUCUAUUAGAUUUCAAACACAAACUUGCUCAUAAGGUAAGAGCCAUUGUGGGAUUCGAAUGUUUUGACAAGAAAAAUGCUUGUCGUACGUGUAAAAGUAGGUUCCCAUAUUUAUUUCAGUAGCUAGUCGUUAGGAUAAACUAUAUUUUCUGUAUGAAUACUGAUAACCGAGUUAAUACUAGAUUGGCGCACAGGUGAUGUUUUCAUUUCAAAGAUAAUUGUGACCCUAUAAAUAUCUAUAACUAAUUAUUCCGUUCAUGUGUAAUUAAAUAACGGAUUUAAUUUAAUCAAGUGGUGAUUGUAAUUUAGUCACAUUUUAAUAAUUUACAUGCACAGAUUUGCUCAUUCAUGAUAGCAGUAGAUAUGCAUUCUAUUUAGGUGUACUAGAUAUCCCUGCUAUUAAAUAAAUGUGUGACUAUUUUUGUUUUGUAAACUAAACUACUAAACUAACGUUGUCCAAAAAUAUAUUGGAAUUUACCCAAAAGCUAUAAUGAUAAUAAUACCUAUGUAGUUCGUUUUCAAAUACAUAUUUACUUUUUAUAUCAUCGAUCGGGUUUUGAACAUUUAUUUUGAACUGAAUACCUACUGGUAAUGUAUUGCUGUUACAGCGAGGUACAAGUAAGUGAAUGGGAGAUAGGCUUCAUCCUAUAGAAUUGAAACAUUUUACAUCCUUAAAUUUUUCUAAGAAAUAAUCGACAUAACUUUCAUCUAAAAGUGUCAUUUUUAUAAUUAUUAGUUGUUUCAUCCAUUCCUCCUUGUUUUAGGUUUAAUACGAAAUUGUUGUUCAUUUUCAUAAAAAAAGCAUUUGUAAUUUAAGAAAAGGGUAUAGUAAAAAUUUUGUUAAUUUUACUAUAACACUAUUUUGUAUAGAAAUAUAUAUUUCUAUAGGUUACUUUUAAAUUAAUAAAAGCACUUGUCUGCAUAUUUGCAAAAUCUUGCGUAAUUAUUACGUUAAAUACUGUAAUUUGUGUAAAUAUUUUUUCUUACAAUUUAAAUAUUUUGUCACUUUUAAUACACUUGAUUUUGUAAUAGUUUCUUAAAUAGUACAUGUUAUUCGUCACAUGAACUCAUAAACGAUUUGUUAUGCCAUAGGGAAGUUGUAGGAAAAUAACAGACUAAUUUAAACCAUCAUCGAUUUUUCUAACAUAUAUUUUAGUCAAGUGCUAUCCUAUUCAGAGUUGUGUGACCUGGAAAAUAAAUUAUUACUUACUCAUAGUCAACAGGUGAAACAAAUCGGGGCGACCACAAGUCCGCACUCGCCAAAAUAUAUACUAUGUAAAAGAAAACAGGUGACAGUAGAUCGGGAACUUGACUGAAUUUCUUUUAGCAUUAGACAGAAGGUCAAAUAGAGACAUGAUAACAUCGUACGGUAAAAAUUCUAGUAUGUAAAGAAACUAUAUGAAAAUAGCAAAUGGACUAAUGCUGUCUCGUCUGUCAAUACAACUUCAGGCCAUUUUUAUUCCUAUGUUACCUGAUCAACAUCUGCAUCUAUGACUUGGUAUAAUGCUAGAAAUGGUAUAGUUACAAACACAAUAUUUAACAGAUAACUGUUGGUUGACCUUAUUUUAUUUACGAGUUUUUUUGUGGUGGUUAUAAAACAAGAUUUUAGCUUUUUUGUAGCUUUAUAAUAUUAUUGUAGUGGUUUAUAGUUAAUUAAAUUUAAGUUGUAUAAAGUAUGAAAGGAUUACAGCUUGGUUUAUUAAACGGAUGUGACGUUUUGAGUAGGAUGGAAAGUUUCCUUGAUUAUGAUAUGAAAUGAAUGACAUUGUAAACACAGUUUUUUGUUACAUCCUCAAAUAAUUUUAUGUAUUGGGCAGUAUAUUACAUACAACAAUCACAUAUAACACAAGUCACAUCUUAAUCAGAGAUAAAAACACCUUCAUUAUAAGACAGUAAUCAAUGUCCUGUCCUCUUCUUUAACCAAAAAGUUUUCAGAUAUGAUAAUUAUAAUGUACUUGGUAGAUGUACAACUUGAAUAUUUAUUAAAUUCACAGGCCAAAUUAAAAUAGAACAUGGUUUAAUUUUUGUUUGGUGCAAAUUUCAAUACAAGUAUUUUUGAAAACUAGUAUGCACACUUACUAUAUUUUAAUAUAAAAUGUGUGUACUCCUGUGAUGUAUUUUAGACUGCUAGGAUUGUCUAAAAUUUAAAGAAUCUGGGUGUAACAAUAUUAUUAUGUGACAGAAUGCAAUGAAUAAAAAUAUAAAAGAGA